GACGUGCGGCGGGACCCCGGAGCCUCGGCGCGGCUGAGAGGGGCCGGGCGCUCCGCGCUGCCGCCACCCCACCAUGCUCAAGCGCUGCGGCCGCCGCCUGCUGCUGGCGCUGGCGGGCGCGCUGCUUGCCUGCCUGCUGGUGCUCACGGCCGACCCGCCGCCGCCCCCGGUGCCCGCUGAACGCGGUCGGCGCGCGCUGCGCAGCCUGGCGGGCCCCUCGGGGGCGGCCACGGCGCCUGGACUGGAGGCGGCGGCGGCGGUGGCGCCCGGGGCGCCCGUCCGCGAGGUGCACAGUCUGUCCGAGUACUUCAGCCUGCUCACCCGCUCUCGCAGAGACGCGGGCCCACCGCCCGGGGGCGCCUCCCGCCCCGCUGACGGCCGUACGCGGCCCCCGGCCGAGCCGCUGGCCCCACGCGACGUCUUCAUCGCGGUGAAGACCACCAAAAAGUUUCAUCGCGCGCGUCUCGACUUGCUUCUGGAGACGUGGAUCUCGCGCCACGAGGAGAUGACGUUCAUUUUCACGGAUGGGGAGGACGAGGCGCUGGCCACGCGCACGGGCCAUGUGGUCAACACGAACUGCUCGGCCGCCCACAGCCGCCAGGCGCUGUCCUGCAAGAUGGCCGUGGAGUAUGACCGCUUCAUCGAGUCAGGGAGGAAGUGGUUCUGCCACGUGGAUGACGAUAACUACGUGAACGUGCGUGCCCUGCUGAGGCUGCUGGGCAGUUACCCGCACACGCAGGACAUCUACCUGGGCAAGCCCAGCCUGGACAGGCCCAUCCAGGCCACAGAGCGGGUCAGCGAAAACACAGUGCGUCCUGUUCACUUCUGGUUCGCCACCGGUGGGGCUGGCUUCUGCAUCAGCCGAGGGCUGGCCCUGAAGAUGAGCCCCUGGGCCAGCGGAGGCCACUUCAUGAGCACGGCCGAGCGGAUCCGGCUGCCUGACGACUGCACCAUCGGCUACAUCGUGGAGGCGCUGCUGGGCGUGCCCCUGGUGCGCUGUGGGCUCUUCCACUCCCACCUGGAGAAUCUGCAGCAAGUGCCUGCCUCCGAGCUCCACGAGCAGGUGACCCUGAGCUACGGCAUGUUUGAAAACAAGCGGAACGCCGUCCACAUUAAGGGGCCCUUCUCGGUGGAGGCUGACCCGUCGAGGUUCCGCUCCGUCCACUGCCAUCUGUACCCGGACACACCCUGGUGCCCCCGCACUGCCAUCUUCUAGUGGCCGUGGCUGAAACCCCGUCCCCGGGCGCCCCUGGUAUCCAAAGGGCCCGAGGACCUCUGUCGUGCCGCCCCGGUCUGGGCCUUCGAGGCCACCCCGGGGCUGCGCCUGUGUGUGUGCAGCGUAUCCAUCCCUGUAGCAGACUGCUGGGCAGCUCUGCUCUGCCAAGGGGCAGGCAAAGUCCCGCCUGUCUGUCUGUCUGUCCGUGUUCCGCCCCGGAAGGAUUUGUGUGGGAGGUCACUCUGAGGACAGUUCUGUUACCCUUUCGGGGUCUCUGGGCAGCGUGGGGCCCAGGGGCUGCUCUGCAGGGACGUGUGGGCACCGCUCCGUCCUGCUGAGCACAGGCCCGUCGCUGUGGGCACCUGCCCCCCCGGGACUCUGGCUCCCCGCUCAGAGCCCCCAGGACAGCUCCCUGUGUUCUGCGCGAGGAAGCUGGGUUUGGGGGAGUGCCCCUCGCCCCCUCGCGCUGAGCUCCGGCCUGGGUACGACGGCUCCGAGUGACAGCAGCCCCAGCGACCUUGCCGCCGGGUAAAGCGUCCCGGGCAGGGGUCUCCCCUGCUCUCUCAGCCAGCUUCCCUUUGUGACGGGGAGCCAGCUGAGCUUUAAACUCCUCUCCAAAGUAGAGAGAAAGUCGCCCAUAGUGGGUGUGUCUGUAAAUACUGUGACAGUGUUUUUUACUGUGACUGUUUUGUUGAAAGAGGGUGGGUAAAAAGUAGGGUGUUUUUGUCUGUGUUUUCAGGGGCUUGGGGAAGGUGUUAUCUUUUCUGUGGAUCAGAAAAAGCAGAAGCCAAACUUGGGAUAAUCUCUGUUGUUAAAGCUGAUGGAAAUGUCUAACACUCUGUAUUUAUGUGUCAUGGUGUCUGGCCUCUCCCUGCCCGCCUCCUUCACAGAGCCUGUCUCCCAGCCCAGCUCAGCGCACCUGGCCAGUGAGGUGCGCUCUGCUUUCUGUUUUUCUUUCUGCAAGACAUAGCUAGGAAAGUGAACGAUAAGGGAAAAGUUCUCAGGGAAUUGAGGUGUGUUGCUAUGGUGACGUCCUUUGCUGUGAAUAAAGAUGCUCUUUGGGGCAA